AUGACAAUCAAGGGCCCCAAUGCUCACAAUUACAACGGCGGCCUUGGUGAACUGCUGGGAUGGGGACAGGCGACGAGUCGAUAUGAUUAUGCAGACGAUUACGAUGUGGAGGCACAUCGUCGCCACUUAUAUGAACAACAUAUGCAGAAACAACAACAGAACCAGCAACAGCAGCAGUACACACCACAAUACAAUAAUUCAGGAUUUUCUAAUGCUUUGAGUAAUCCAUCACGACCAAACCAAACUCAACUUGACGUGGGAGGCAAUGAAAACGAUGCAGCAGCUGAUACAGCGGCUGGAGAAGCUGUAAGAAAGAAGUUACUGUGGGAAAAGAGGAAGAAACAGGCAACCAAUCUAUUCGCUUUCAUCAUAAUCCUUGUGAUUUGGCUGGCUUCAGGAUCCAUCUAG